AUGCGUCUCUUCGGUCGCAAAAGCUCAAAGCCCGCCAUUUCGCCAAACGGUAGCCAGCCAAACAGCUCCAAUGGCUCCCUGCGAUCCCCUGGCCCCACUCCCAACGGCUCGAGGCCUACGAGCUUCCCAGACGUGCCUCUGCCAAAAGCCCCAGAUCCAACCCUCGACCCCGCUGGCUACCUACGAAGCAUCUAUGCCGUCCGAGAGCGAUCCAAGCUGGUCCUCGAAAAGGCCAAGAAAAACCAGCUCAAGCAUUUCACAGUUGAUAUGAGCAAGUUUGGCGAUGUAGCAAGCUUUGUGGUAUCGAUAAUCAAGCGAGACUAUGCGCCCGACUACGCCUCAAUCCCUCCCCAUGGCCGGUGGCAGCAUUUUGACGUGGGCGGCCGACCGCGAAUUGACCAGCUCAUGGCGUCGUGGCCGUCUACGGUUGACAACCAGGAGCGCACGCGCCGCCUCCUCGAUCUUUUCUUAGUCUCUGUUCUUCUCGACGCAGGCGCGGGAACUAAAUGGCAGUACAAGAGCAAAGAGUCGGGUAGGAUUUACCGCCGCAGCGAGGGUCUUGCAGUGGCCAGUCUUGAGAUGUUCAAGGCUGGUGUCUUCAGCAGCGACCCAAAAGAGCCUUGCCAGGUCGACAGUGUUGGGCUGAUGAGAUUGGACAUCUCCAUCAUGGCACGCGGCUUGCAAGUAACUGAAAGCAACCCACUCGACGGCCUCGAGGGCCGCACCAAUUUAUUGCUCAGGCUUUCUGAGGCUUUGCAGAACCAGGAGGUUUUCGGGCUCGAGGCGCGCCCCGGCAACAUGCUCGAUUAUCUACUAUCGCACCCCACCACACAGGCCUCUUCAGUCCCUAUCAUUCCUUUGCCCACGCUUUGGAAUACCCUCAUGGAAAGCUUGACCCCCAUCUGGCCCGCAACCCGCACCCAAAUUGAUGGUGUGUCCAUGGGCGACGCAUGGCCCUGCUCAGUCAUGCCAUCACACCCCACUCACCCCUGGGAAAAUAUUGUCCCAUUCCACAAGCUUACGCAAUGGCUCACUUACUCCCUCAUGGUUCCUAUGACCAAACUACUUCACGUUCACUUCGCUGGUGCCGAACUCUUAACUGGCCUCCCCGAGUACCGGAAUGGUGGCCUUUUCAUCGACACGGGCCUCCUGACCUUGAAGCCAGAAGACAAUAAGCGAGGUCUCGCGCAAUAUCAGCACAACGCUCAGAUGACAGGACAGCCCAGUAUGGAAGUUGUGCCCAUGUUCACAGCCGACGACGAUGUAAUUGUGGAGUGGCGCGCAGUUACCGUCGGCAUGCUCGAUGAUCUCCUCGCCGAGGUAAACCACUUGUUGGGACUGAGCGGCGCCGACAAGCUGAACUUGGCUCAGAUGCUGGAAGCCGGCAGCUGGAAGGGAGGUCGAGAAAUCGCUGAAGUGUCGCGGCCCAAUACCAAAGAGCCACCCAUUAUGAUACUCUCGGAUGGAACUGUUUUCUAA